UGUCCCCUCUCGCCUCUCUCCCGGUGCGUUGUCUCUUUACCCUGUCGCGUUUUCCCUUUCCUCUCCCUUGUUGGAUGACACUAUCGGCACUCGUUACUUAAAACGGUUCGUUAGAGGUGGCCCCCGGCGGCUCCCCAGUCCCUCCCUCCCCAUUCCCCUCAUUUUCACGAUUUGACUUUCUCCACUUUCGUGUUUCGUCUCCCCUCUCGAGGCUUCCUUUAGUGGCGCAGCUGUUGGCAGUGCAAGGUCUCCUCCUCACAUCCCUAAACUCAACACACUUUUACUCCUGACCUCCUCAGCUUGCCCAGACUUUUGAUGCUGCCAUCCCCUAUGCAUCCAGAGGUUGUUUCGUUCUCUGCCUGUAGAAUUGCUUUUUUAAAUCGGUUAUUGUGUUUCGCAACGCCCUUUUCAUUUCAAGUGGUGGGUUUGGUCAGUGUGCUUGAUGAAUACAAAUGAGCAAACGGUUCUUUGUCGUUACCUCUUUGCCUGUUACCACAACCAAACAAAGUGUGUAAAGCGUGUAGUCUUGGCGAUCUGAUGUGAGAUAGCGUGUGUGAAUGGCUUGUGAGGAAAACGGGGGAUGUGUUUUGCACUUUCUCAGCCUUUUAUGAAUGUCCUGAUGACCUGACAUCAGCAGAUCUGGGCGUAUCGUUUCUCAGUUUCUAUGGCAUCUGCCGUGUUAGAGUUGUAUCACUUCAAUGUCCAGUUCCAUAGUGUUUGGAUAGAUCCAGGAACGAUGUCUCUACAGUGACUGUGCUGUUUAUCACUUUGGUAGAUUCAACAUUAUUGCCUUGUUUCCUUUCCAGUGCUAAAGGCGGAUCUCAGUGUAGUUAAUUACUCUUUCAAGACUAGAAUAUCGUUUAUUAAUGCCCCGUUGUGAAGAUGUUUCUGUACAUGUCAGUAGGAAUAGUUUUACAUUCUUUGCUUUCUGUAAAGCAGUGCUGAAUGAAGUGUUGUCCAUGGUCAACUUAUUGCCAAAUGCUGAAAUGGUUGAUGAUGCAACUGAAGUUUGUGAAUGUUGAGAGGAGAAGCGAAUCUGGUGUUGUACCGAUGAAGUCAGUAUUUAGAGUGGUUUUGCGAAGGUUACGUUUUGAUUUCUUAUCUGGUGCAAAGUUCUGUGCUGUUUCCACUACAGUCCUCACUGGUCUGAAAGGAGUUGUUCAUCAAAUUUGUGUGUGGAACAGUUCUUUACAGCUAGAAUGAGAUAAGAUGGCAAUGUGAAAGCUCAUUUAUCCAUCUUUAAUUUCCUGUAUCCCUGUGAUGUACAUUUCCUUCAUUGUGAUUUUCUCAUGUUCUGGUCUGCAUUUCUUGGAUGUUGAUGGUUCAGGUUUUCAAUUUCUGACCAACGUGUUAUAUGUACACGUGCCUUGUUCAUGUCAGCCACUGAGCUGGAUACUUCGGGAGAGUCAGAGCGGAUGUGGAAUGGCAGAGAUGUAUGGGAAACUCUGCUCUGUUCCUUUUUUAUUUCUCUGCUGUAGGCGUAAACCUGAGAAGGUUGUCAGGUCCAUCAGAAUUGCAGAAAUGAGGGAGUUGUUUCCGUGCUUUGACUGUGUGAAGCGGUCAAGGCUGAGGCUUGGGUGUAUUUCUGCUUCCAAACGAUGGCAGUGAAUGAAAUGCUGCAGUAUUGUCCGACAGAAGUGCAGGAAUGUGGCUGAUGUCCGUGGUGCUGGAAAUGUGAGAGAGUUUGGAGUGCAGUGCGUGAGAGCUUGGCGGAGAGUUUGGAAAGUUGUUGGGGUAAGGAAGCUCUGUGUGGCCUCUUGGAAGCAAACCUUCUUGUCUGGAUUUCCUUUCACGUCUGGUGCCAAUGCCUGCAUCUGUUUCUGCUACGAUCCUGGUUUCUUUGUCGUCAGAAGCAGCAUUGUUUCCGCCAUGUGGAGUAUCAGGCAAACACGGCGUAUGUAGAGCAGGCCUGAGAAGGGCAGGAGAUAGAAUGCAGCUGUAGGCACUGACUUCUGUGAUGCUGAAGCCAAAGGAGAGCAGAAGCGUGUUGUGGGGGAAGGUGUUCCCUGCAAACACUGACCUAGGGCCAUAGCAGACUUAGUGCUGCCGUAUUACACCUGUGUGUGCACCUGGAUGCAUGUCUCUGAUGGCUUUGGUUUCCUUCACACCCAGUGCCUUGGUGCUCUCUUCCAAUGCACAGGUAGGUACUUUUCUUAGAAAUUCCUUAGAAAUGAAAUGAAGGCUGGAGUUGUCAGCUGUUCCAUGUCUGCAAGUGUGCAAACAGGGAUCUGGUGGGUGCAGCCUGCCCAGACAAGGAGUGGCAGAAAAUAUUUCUCUGUCACUUUAGGGUAGAUGCUCCCUUGUACAUGUCUUAGCUUUCAAAGGCUGGAGGUUAUUAUUCUUGCAACACAGACCUAGAGACAACAGGCUGUACAGGAGUGUGAAGGCUGCCCUUGGAGUAGAAGUUGGAUGGGUCAGCAGUGGAUUUGCCUGCGCUGUGUUUGUGUUUGUUGUAUUGUGUCAAAAUUAGUGCUUAUUUCACUGAACACCUUUGUUUGAGUGCUGUGGCGAUCAUAAAUGACAAUGUUCUUUGUACAAGCCUUCAACCAAUCCACUGGCUGUAAAAGCAUGAUACAGGAAGAUGCAGCUUGAAUUUUCAAUGACUUCCGAGUUCUCAUUUAAAGGCAAAGUCAUGUCAAUGAAACUGCAAUCCUCCUAUGGGCCUGCUGUUUCUUUGUGACUAGAAUCAGAAGUAUUUGACAUGACUGAGCUACUGGUUUACAGGAAGGAGAUUUGCAGAACACAGCCAUGCUCUUCUACCCAUUCUUGUAAUGAAGAGAUUGCAAAAGCUCAUCAAACAUUACAGACAUGGAUGACCUCUGAAAGCCCCGUGGCGUGCUUGGUGUGUGGAGAAGUGGAACGGACUUGUCUGCAGUGCUUGUGGCCACUUCUUGUGGGUUGUUCUCAUUUCUUGAAGGACUGGAGGCACAGGGCCUGCCAUCUCAGAGGGCUCAGGGGAAUGCCUGGCUCCUCAUCUAACCUGCCAAGGAGGAAUUACGUGGAUUGGGAACUUGUCUUCAUUCUGCACUGGUUAAUGUGCAUGGGACGUUCCCUUCACGGUGUGUUAUGGACACAUGGGAAGGGCUUAUUUUACGCUGCAGACAUGGAAAGAACAACAGAAAGCACAACUGAACGAAGGAGUGAGCUGUGGAACGAUUGCAAGAAAAAUCAGUGGGGUUCAUGGUGGAGAUGCUGGUACUGAAAACAAGACAAAACAGAACAAAACAAAACUCAUCAUUCUCAGAACUCUUCAGAGUUAGAAUUAGAAAUGAAAAGUUUUUGGAGGACACAGAAAUGCUCUUGUACACUUGUUCAAAGAAGCUGAAGCGUAAUGUAACCAAGCAUUGAACAUGGCCAUCACCUCUGAUCUUCCUGUGGCACGCUGGCUACUCGAGAACAUUACAGACUGAUGGGGAGGGCUGAGGGGAGCUGCUGGCUCCUGCACCAUGGCAGGGAGGAAUCGUUUGGUUUGGGAACUCUGCUUUUUGUUGCACUCUGCAAUGACCAUGGCUCAUGAAAUGCCUUUCCCGUGUGAGAUGGAGAAGGUGUGGUGUUUUUCUAAAGGCAGGUGACAUGCAAACAACUGAAAAGAUGAAUGUAUGCAAUGGUCAGGUUAUGAAGGGCAUGUGGAAGACUUUGGGACGUUACAUUGGAGUGCGACUGCAAGAACAAUCUAUGGAUGUUCCCAGUGAGAUUGUCCUUGUGCAAAAACGGGUUAAGACUCAGAAGUGUAAGGAGAUGGAAGAAACCACGAAGGUUCCCCUUGCUCUGAGUAAGAAGUAAGGGACUGAAGAGGAACUCUCUGCCACCCCUGCGUCAGGAGUACCUUCAACAAAACAGUAUGGCAUCGUAAUGGAGACGAGAAUGAGUGGAAGAAAAGAAAAGAGGGAAUUAGGACGAAAUUGGUGGAGAGGGUCAAUGAGCAAUAAUGAGAUGAGACUCAUGAGAACGACAUAGAGAUGCAGUGCAAGAGGACAACACAUCCAAAACAGCAGAAAGAAAGAUGCACAGAGGAGCCCUGCUGUCUGACAGAUCAUGAGCAACAUGAAGAACAGAAAGGACUACAUAGUGACCUGUAAGAAGAGAAUGACUGCAGGCAUCGAAAUGCCAGCAAUAUUAACGAACUGAGAGCGCGACGGUUGUGCGGUGUCGGCGGUUCCCGCGGCAGAGGCAGCGGCGUUGCUCGGUGGAGCCGUGCGUGCAGUGCCGGGCGUGGGCUGCGGGCGCCGCUGUUCACCGCGGAGGAGAGGAAGGAGCGGAGCGCUGCAGGCAGCCCCGCCCGCUGCGGCCCGGCUCGCUCGCUCGCUCGCUGGCUGUGUCGGCGUCCGGGCGGCUGCGAGCGGCCGAGCGGUGCGGAGCGGUGCUGCAGCGAGGCGGAGGGGCGGCGGGAGCGGUCGGCAGCGGACGCCGAGCCGGAGCCGCAGCCAGAGAAGGAAAGAAAGAAGAAGAAUCAGAAGUCGGAGCGGCUGGGCAGCGGCGGUGGUUCAUUGGCGGCGGAUCCGUGCGGGAGAUGUGCGCGGCGAGAGAAGGGCGGUGGUGCCGGAGUCAGCGGGCGCUGCUGUGGUGCGUGUUGGUGGCGGCGUGGGAGGCGGCGUGGGGGCAGCUGCGCUACUCGGUGCCCGAGGAGCUGCCCAAGGGCUCGUUCGUGGGCGACGUGGCCGAGGACCUGGCGCUGGAGCUGGCGGCGCUCGGCGGGCGCGGCGCCCGCGUGGUGUCCCAAGGCAGGACGCAGUAUUUCGCUCUGCGUGCGAGCAGCGGCCACUUGGUGACGGCCGAGAGGAUCGACAGGGAGCAGCUGUGCCGUUUGCAGGAGAAAUGCGUGCUGCGCUGUGAGCUGAUCGUGGAGGGCGAGAUGAAGGUUUAUGCAAUCGAAGUGGAAAUCACGGACAUUAAUGACAAUACGCCUAGCUUCGAGGAAGUCCAAGUACAGGAAGAAAUGAGUGAGAUGACAUCUAUAGGGUCCAGAUUUCCCCUCCCUGUCGCUCACGACCCGGACGUGGGUGUGAAUUCCCUGCAGAGCUACGUGCUGAGCGGCGACGAGCACUUCUCGCUGUCGGUGCAGACGGGAGGCGACGGCGAGAAGCGUCCCGAGCUGGUGCUGGCCAAGGCGCUGGACCGGGAGGAGGCGGCGUUUCACGAGCUGCUGCUGAGGGCGAGCGACGGCGGCGAUCCGUCGCGAACGGGCACGGCGCGCAUCCGCGUGGCUGUGCUGGACGCCAACGACAACGCGCCCGCGUUCAGCCAGGCGGUGUACACGGUGCGAGUGCCCGAGGACGUGCCAGUGGGCUCCACGCUGCUCAGCGUCACCGCCACCGACCCCGACGACGGAAUAAACGGGGACGUGAAAUAUACUUUAAAGAUAGCCACGGAAACAGCGUCGAAGAUCUUCCACCUAGACCCUGAGACGGGAGAAAUCAGGCUGGUGCGGAAUCUGGACUUCGAGGAAUGGAACUCCUAUGAAUUGGAGUUACAGGCACGAGACGGUGGAGGCCUUUUCGAUACGGCGAAGGUGUUGAUCUCGGUGACGGACGUGAACGACAACGCGCCCGAGAUUUGGGUGCGAUCGGCGCUGAGCGAGAUCUCGGAGGACGCGGCGCCGGGGACGGUGGUGGCGCUGGUGCACGUGCAGGACCGCGACUCGGGCGCGAACGGGGAGGUGCGGUGCAGCCUGGGCGAGAGCGUGCCGUUCCGUCUGGAGCGGGCGCUGGACGACUACUACAGCGUGGUGACGGCGCGGGAGCUGGACCGCGAGCGGGCGUCGGAGUACAACGUGACGGUGCGGGCGUCGGACGGCGGGUCGCCGUCGCUGCGGAGCGGCGCGGUGCUGGCGCUGCGGGUGCUGGACGUGAACGACAACGCGCCGGUGUUCGCGGAGGCGCGCUACAGCGCGCGUGUGUCGGAGAACAACGCGGAGGGCGCGCUGGUGCUGACGCAAGCUCAGCCUAACCCGGACUGGCGCUUCUCUCAGACCCAGAGACCUGGAACAAGUGGCUCCCAGAAUGGAGAGGAAGGUGGAGCCUGGCCCAACAACCAGUUUGACACGGAGAUGCUUCAAGCCAUGAUCCUGGCCUCGGCAAAUGAAGCCGCUGAUGUCAACGCAACCCUGGGUGGGGGCACAGGCACCAUGGGGCUGAGCGCCCGCUACGGCCCCCAGUUCACCCUGCAGCACGUCCCUGAUUACCGGCAGAACGUCUACAUCCCGGGCAGCACCGCCACGCUGACCAACGCCGCCGGCAAACGCGACGCCAAACCCUCGGGUGGCAACAAGAAGAAAUCUGGCAAGAAGGAGAAGAAGUAGAAAGGAGACGUCAGAGCGGCCGGGCAGCGCGUGCCAGCACUCCCCAACACCACAGGAGGACGAAUGUGGAUUUGGUUUUUAUUUUUGAUUUCUUGGCGACGCAAAAGUUAUAGGAAGCGCUGCGAAUGUAUUUGUCAUCGUCAGAGCUAGGAGCAGGCUGCCUGCUGUUAGGUCUCAUGAUGAAAAGCAAUCUGGAAAGCUAAAGCUAACACAAACAAGUGCCCUGUGAAUACAGCUAACGUUUUAUACGACCCCUCGGGUGUUAGGAUACACGAGGUCGAAAGGCUUCGGCCAAAUCCUUGGCUUCGAAUUUGCUCCCAGAUGGUCUGAGAAAGGCACGAGGCUCUCGCUCAGCUUCGUCCAGUGUAAAUAACUGUAACACCCAUCUGUUAAUUUAUAGAGCUUUGAUCUUCUUCUUCUUUUUUUUUCUUGAAAGAAAAAGGAAUUUCCCAGCAUAAAGCCCCGUGCUCCACAUUUUCUGCUCUUUAACAUCGUGAAACUCACCCUGGGUUAUUCGUUAGCGGUGGAUCUGUGGGUAGGGAGUGCUUCAGUUCCUGUUCAGCUGUUAUCCGAAAAAGAAAAGAAAAAAAAAAAAAGUGUUU